AAAUAACGUAACGGAAAAAGAAAAUUCAAUCUUUUCCAUUACCAUGUUGCAAAAAUGUGUGCAAAAAUAAUGAAAAUUAUCUUGAGUGUUAUCAAAGCAAAACAACGGAAUAACCACAUUCGUAUGUUAUUCACUCAAUCAGUAUCACAGUUCAGUUGCAAACGCUAUUCGAUUAGGAUGGAAGCGCGGAUACUUUUUGUCGUGACGAUCAUCAGUGCUGUUAUUGGCCUAUCUUCGGCACAGAAGUUUCCCAGAAAGUGUAGUUCGGACCGGGAAUGCGUAUCGUUCACUGAGUGCAUGGACUACCAAGAAUUCCACAAAGUGUCAGCGAAGGAAUGGCCAAGGACGACACAGACUGAAGUUAGAAAUCUGUUUUGCGAUGUGAAACAGUCUUCUUUCAGCAAGGUGUACUUCAUCUGCUGCCCAAAAUCGGGACGCCGCUUGCUGGACAUGGAAAAUUGCGGCAAGCAAGUUACACCUCGUAUAGCCCAUGGAAAGGAAGCCACGAUAUUCCAGUUCCCGUGGAUGGCCUUACUCAGGGGAUCCGAUGGCACAUUCCAUUGCGGAGGUACUCUGAUUGCGGACCGUUACGUCCUCACCGCAACGCAUUGCAGACGCAAAUCUGUCUAUUCCGUACGUCUAGGAGAAACGGAUCUGUCGACAGCAAUCGACUGCAUAAAGUAUGUUGACGGAGAAGAAGAAUGCGCUGAUCCUCCACAGGAUAUCCUAGCGCAGAAAUUUAUCCAUCAUCCCAAGUAUAGUGUCAGCCACAAAAAGAAUGACAUUGCUUUGGUUAGGCUGGCAAGUGCAGCAAAAAUGAAUGACAAUGUACGGCCCAUCUGUCUGCCACUGCCGGAAGUAUUAAGCAGCCUUCCCCAAGCACGGAUGCUGGUAUCUGGGUGGGGCUUUACCGAAAAUGAAACGCGUUCGGAUCAACUGCGAUUUGCCUACGUACCGAUUGUAGAUCUUGAGCAGUGCAACGAAUUCCUGGAACCCGUACAGUUGACCGUGGAUGAGAGUCAGGUUUGCGCCGGUGCCGGAAUCGACAGGGCAGACAACUGCCAGGGGGAUUCCGGUGGUCCUCUGAAGUAUUUCGGAAAUGGAAGGUACGUGAUACAUGGGGUUGUCUCGUAUGGACAGGCAACCUGUGGAGUGGAAACUGAGCCGGCAAUCUACGCAAGAGUUCAAAAUUAUUUGGAUUGGAUCAUGGAAAACUUGAAAUAAAUACGUACAAAACCAAACUGGUAAUCCUUCAGUAAUUUGUUUUAGUUGUUUUUAGGUAUCUCAGUUGAUUUCUAACCAAUUGAGACAAGUUACAGAAAACCAAUUUACAUGUGCGAAGUUAUUUGGGAAUUU